AUGGAAUUUAAUAGAAAAUCAAUUCGACAAAUUGGUUAUUAUACACCGACCUAUUCAAAUUCACCAAAUGUGAAACGACACAAAGACAAAACGUUUGUUAGUUAUCAUCAGUCGGAAUUAUAUGGUUUAAAUUUAUCCCAGUUGAAUAUUGCGCAGGAUUUAAAAAGUUGUAGUUAUAGCAACAGCUCUAAAACUACCAGUAUGGAUAUGGAACAGAAGCUUAAAUGGAAUGACGCUCAGAAUAAUCACAUAAGGAUUAUUCAUACACUUGAUGGGAAGAAGCAGAUCAUCUGUGACACACCAAGUCGAACUCGUCAGUAUUGGCUGGAUCGUCGUAAGCUAGCUAGCCCUAAUCAUAUCAAUGAAAACAAUAUAGUUAAUUAUAACAAACAGCAGUUGUAUAAAACAACCUAUGCAUCAAGAAGCAAAACUUCAGCUUCCAGUGACCAAUUUCAGCUGGCCGGUACAACAACAAUAAUCACUCCAAAAUAUCAAAUGUGUAGUAGAGAGAGAGAAAAUAAAUCAGAGAAUUGGAAUAUUGAAGAAGCGUACGCUGAUAAAAAAAAAGAUAUGCAAUUAUUUGAAUUGACUGAAAAUGAAUUUAUUUUAUCGGAAUUAGAUCCACGUUUAAAUUUGAAUUCUGUUAUAAAUGAUAGUGGAAUAACAGUGAUUGAUAGUAAAAAAUAUUUAAAUUAUGAUAACCUUGUUGAAAAGGAAGAUGGCAUACCUGUUUAUCAGCCGAUUGAGGAGACAUACAAGGUGGAUUUGUCACCGCCUAAUAUUUCAAAAUAUGAUCAUCGACAAGUUGAACAAUUUACAGUUUCUCAAUAUCAUUGUAAUUCGUCACAACAGUUGGAUAUUUGCGAUCAAUCAAAAGAUCAUUGUCCAGGAAAAAGGAAUUUACUAUCAACGUCAUCAGCAUCAACUUUAAGACGACAAAAACAUCAACAAGAAUUUUCUUUGAAGAAUAAUUUGAAUAAUCAAACUGAAAUUUGUAUAAAUGUUAAUCAUAAAUCAAAUGCUUCAACAUUGAACGAUCACAAUACAAUUAAAACAAAACAAAUUGCAAAGGAUAUUAUUAUUUGUAGUCAUAAACAAUUCUCGUUAAAAGGUAAAACAGAUUUAUUAAAUGAACAUGUGGAUCAGUUAAACAAACAGAGAAGUGUUCAUCUCUCUGGUGUUGAUACACAACCAACUGACAAGAUUACUUUGAAGAUCAGUGACUCAACUGCAAGACAAGAUAAAGAUAGUGACGAGAAAAAUGAUAGAAAACUGGAAUCUGUUCAAACCAGACGGUAUUCUGCAUUGUUUUCUCAUAAACAGGAAAUAAUAAUUAUGCCCAAUAAUAAUAAUAAUAACAAUAAUAAUGAAAGGUCAGAAAAUGUUUCACUACCAAGGAGUGUCACAACAACAGGACAACAACAACAACAGCUGACACGACUGUCUGUCAAGGACAAAUCAAACUCUCUCAAUGUUCACUUUCAGCAGCAUACCUUAUCAUCUGGGAAUACAACACGAUCUGCGCCAUCACCAAGUCUUUCAUCAAUCACAUCGACACAUGGUGUACUAUCAUCUCCGGUAUAUCAGGAACAAAUAAAUCAACGUCUUCAUCAAUAUAAGCCUGGGACUUUGAAAACAUCAUCUGCAUCAUCAAUUACAUUGACAGGACCGAUACGCAUAUCGAAAGGUUAUUCUAUGCAUAAACAACAAACAAUGAGUGGUGGACAUAUGUAUCAUUUAAAUUCUGAUGACUAUUCAAUACCUAUUCAGUAUCAGGAUAUUCUAUCUGCAUCGCGUAUAAAUCCUCAUCCAGCAUUGGAUCCGAUUCUAGCCCGCCUAUUGUCAGAUGUUACAAGUAUUGAUGAGUAUAGAUCUACUUUACAACCUCAUGGCUCAGUUACUCCUCCAUCAUCAUUGGCAAAUCAAAGACGUAAUGCUAAUCAACUGCAUAUACCAUUAGCAUCAAGUGAUCCAGAGUCGAUUUCACGAUCUGCUGAACGUUUAUCUGGCAUCAAUUUAUCAGCUCAACAAAAUAUUAUGGAUGACGUUUGGGAUUUAAACAAACAAAUUGGUGAUUUAAUACAAAUGGAAUUCGAUUAUAGACAGAAACAACCAACAACACUGAAAUCACAAUCACCUCAUGGUACUUUAAUUUCAGGUAUUUCUACAAUUGGGCCUAGAAGUUCAGCUCCUAAUGUAAGAGUGGAGGAGAAGGCUAUAAAUGAUGAUGAUGAUAUAAUAAUAAUAAUAAUAAAGAUAGACAACAAACUGAUGGAAUUGUUCAAACUAUAA